CAUGUGCAUACACACACACAUACAUAUUAGGUAUUAGGGAAGAGGGUUAUAAAAUUUCGAAAAAAAAAUAUUAUUGUGACGAAGACAAAGAAGAAAACUUUUAUAAAUUUUCUAUGACAGAUAUUUUUAAGUAUAAUGGAAUCUGGCUUAAAUGCAUAUUCAAUAAAAAAAUAUGACACAUACGAGGAUGAAGAAGAGCGAAAACACUUUCAGCGGAUUGUUUCCGCAUUCAAAUAUUACAAACCACACUCUUUACAACGAGUGAAGAAGACUGAAACCUACCUCCUUUCUCUACCAACGCAUCAUCAAAAGUUACUCUCAAAAUAUCGAGAUCACCUACAAGAAGUGAAGCGUUGUAUUGAAAAUAAUGACGACAUAAUAAAACUUAUAAUUAAGGAUGUGGCUCACAUAUUUGAGAACGUGAAUCCAGCCAGCACAGAUAACGAGAGUGUAAGAAAAGUUAAUCUGACAUUAAGUCCAAGACCAAUAACGGCCGAUCAAGAAAAAGUGCAAGCAACAAUUAAACAAUUAGUACGUGAUUGGAGUACAGAGGGAAUGGACGAACGAAAUGCCUGUUAUCAACCAAUAGUAGAUGAAAUUUUGCAGCAAUUUCCUUUGGACUAUUGUACUCCUUCGGAAGUGCAAGUUUUGGUACCUGGCGCUGGUCUUGGUAGACUGGCUUUUGAAAUUGCAAGGCGUGGAUAUACAUGUCAGGGAAAUGAAUUUUCAUUGUUCAUGCUGUUUGCAUCUCACUUCGUACUCAACAAAUGUAGAGAUGUGAAUUCUUUUAAAGUACAUCCUUGGGUACAUCAAUACAUGAAUAAUUUAAAACCUGAACAUCAAACACAAGCUGUUUUUUUCCCCGAUGUUAAUCCCAGUGAUUUACCUGAAAAUGUACAAUUUUCCAUGACUGCUGGAGAUUUUCUUGAGGUAUACAAAAAAGAUGAUAAUUGGGACUGUGUAGCUACCUGUUUUUUCAUAGACUGUGCAAACAACAUUGUUCAAUUUAUUGAAACAAUAUAUAAAAUUUUAAAACCAGGUGGCGUAUGGAUAAAUUUGGGUCCACUUCUUUAUCACUUUAGUGACAUGCCAAUGGAGGAUUCAAUUGAACCCAGUUACGAAGUUGUCAAAGAUGUUAUACGAGGCUUAGGUUUUCAAUUGGAGAAAGAAGAAACACAUGUGAAAUCAAGAUACGCCCAAAAUUCCAAUAGUAUGCUUCAAUAUGAAUAUAAAAGCGUUUAUUUUGUAUGUCGAAAACCAAAAAGACAUCUUAAAACUGGCGUCAAUGGUUUAAAUGAUAGUAAUGGAAUUCACGAACAAGAAAACUGAUAACUUUUUAUACCUUAGUACAUUCGUCUAUUAGAAAAAAAUCAAAAGUCUGUUCUAUUGAGUUUGAAAAAAAACAUUUGUCUUUCAUUUUAUUAUUUCAACUUUUGUUUUUUUACGAGUUCAUUUAUAGUUUUCAUUUUAUUUCGUGUAUUACUAUUUUUCAGUUGUUUUAAAAAAACAAAUGUAAUGUAGACCUACUAAUGAGUACUCGUAUUUUGAAUUUCCUGCUCUUCACACACACACACAACUUUUGUACUUUGAACAAUGGUUAAAGAAACUCACUUUUUUUUAUUAUUAUUAUUUACAGAGAGUUUUGCGACUUUCUUAUUAAAUAUAAAAUUUUGUGAUUUAAUAUAAUGAAUUUACUCAGCUGACUAAUUGAGUUUCUUAAUUAAGACCAUUGUCUCGUUGAUAAUAAUUUAUAAGUGUCUUCUACGAAAAACCAGAGGGACGUAAAGUUAAUGUAAACUGUAUGAAACAUUCACAUUGAUAUUGAUCAAAUCAGCAUAAAUGAUAGUCAAUUUUUUUGAUACUAUUAAAUAAACACUAAAAUUUGUAUAUAAAAUGUUUAAAUUUGAAAUGAAAAUAAAAAAAAAAUUAUUAACAA